AUGGCCUUACCACUAUACAAACACGUAUUACUGUGCUGCGUGCUAAUUGGAAUCAUUAGCGGUGAGAAGGAGCAUAAGUUCAAGCUGCUGAAGCUUGAAAAGUCCGUCGAGGAUACUAAUGAUCUACAGAGUGAUCUCCACUUGGAAAAGGAUGGCGAGGACGAAGUGACAAAGAUCAGUGGCGAGUUCAAGCAGCUAAAAGAGAUGGACGACGAAUGGAAGGUCCAUAUAGUGGUUAGUUAUGCUGAAAAGCCAGACGACAAAUAUGAGGAACUUGCGAAAUUUCCUUCAAUGGGCGUGUGUGAGGUGCUAGGCUCAUAUUACAAAAAGCAUUUCUAUGAGAAGCUCAAGGAAUAUUCCAAUGCACCCGAUCCGGAUACCUGCCCCGUAACGCCAGAAACUUAUCGGAUCAAGGACUAUCCUUUCGAUGCAUCGGCAUUGACGAAGUAUCUACAGCCGGGUCGCUAUCGCAUUAUUAGUAAACUAAUUAAGGACGAGCAGAUCAAACUGGAAUACAUAGCGCAUGCGAAGGUCGAAUAGAGUGUAAAGAAAAUCGGAGCAUUUUAUUGAUUUUGAAUACACGAAAUUCAAUUGUAAGAAUCAA